AUGGCGACCGGCGGCUACCGCAGCGCAGGGGGCAGCACCACGGACUUUCUGGAGGAGUGGAAGGCCAAGCGGGAGAAGAUGCGGGCGAAGCAGGCGCCGCCGGCCCCGGGGGCAGCCGCCGGGGGGGAGGCCAGGCCUGCGGGGGGCGCCUCCUCCGCCGAGCUGAACAACAACCUGCCCCCCGGCGGACCGGCCGCCCCGCCCGACCGCGCGGCGCCCCCCGCCGGCGGGGCCGUCAACUGCGUCAGCCUCUCCAGCGCCGCCUUGGGCCGGGCCGCCCCCGCCAAGGAGCCGCCGCCGGCCCUCGCCGGGGGCCGGGGCGCUGAGCCUGCCGCCAAGCCGCCUCCCGCCGCCGCGCCGGGCUCCCCCGAGGGCGAGGAGAAGCUGGCCGCCAAGGGAAAGAGCUCGGGCCCCAGCGCCAGGAAGGGGAAGGGGCAGAUCGAGAAGAGGAAGCUCAGGGAGAAGAGGAGGUCGACAGGUGUGGUGAACAUCCCGGCCGCCGAGAGCCUUGAUGAAUAUGAAGAUGAUGAAGCAGGGCAGAAGGAGCGAAAGAAGGAGGAUGCUAUUACCCAACAGAACACGAUACAAAAUGAGAGUUCCAGUGCAGAUACCCCUGGCUCGUACUUAAUACAGGACUCCUCCAGGAUGGUUUCAAGCAGGUACAAAAGCACAGCUAAUGCACCCGAAGAUGAUGCUCCAAAUAGAUACUCCCGAACAGACAGGGCAACUUACAGCAGAUACAGCAGGGAGGCAAAUUCUUCUGGCAGUUCUGUACCAAGUAACACUUUGGAAAAGAGGAUUGAGGAACUUGAAAGGGAACUUGUAAAGGAGAGACAGGAAAAUGCGAGAUUAAUGAAGAUGACCCAGGACAAAGAGGAACUAAUUGGAAAGCUGAAGGAAGAAAUUGAUUUAUUAAAUAGAGACCUAGAUGAUAUAGAAGAUGAAAAUGAACAAUUGAAGCAAGAAAAUAAAACCCUCUUAAAAGUUGUUGGACAGCUGACAAGGUAGAAGAUUCAAGCCUCAAUGAGGAAAGAUUUAAAAACUACUGAUU